AUGGGUGUUAGAGGAAUAUUUUGUCUAAUCUUGUUAUCAGUGGUGCUGCAAAAGUCAUUCCAAACCACGUUAUAUGUUCUUCCGUUUGAGCAACAAGUUCUUAACGCCCACAACUAUUAUCGGGCCAUGCAUAAUGCUCCACCAUUAACUCUGAACCCCAAGCUAAGUGAACUGGCGUCCAACUGGGCUAAUAAAUUGAUGACUAAGAAUCACCUGAAGCAUAGUCAGAACGGAUAUGGAGAAAAUAUCUACUGGGCCUCCUUCUCAAAGCAGGAAGGCAAAGAUGUCGUCAAAGCCUGGUACAAUGAGAUUUCUCUUUACAAUUGGAAUAACCCCUCGUUUAGUAAGCAGACUGGACACUUUACUCAGUUGGUGUGGAAGAGUUCCACUGAGUUGGGCGUUGGUUUUGCCAAAAGGUUAAAAUAUUUAGUACUGAUUUAUCACCUUUGAUCCACUGUGAUUUUCUGUGGGCCUCGAGCACGGAUCUUCGAUCUAGUCGAUCGGCCUGCGAAAUAUGAUUGCUGUUUGGCAUGGACGAACA